GCCUUUUCUGCGUGAUGAGCUUGAAAUCCAUAGAGGCGAACGUUUAAUACCUAGGGAUUUCAAGCUCAUCACGCAGAAAAGGAGGAAAUGUUUCUUCAUUAUUUAGCAAUCUAUAGUCUUGUAACAAUUGUUUAGUCACCAAAUCCAUACGUCUUUCAGACACUAUUUCCGGCUGAUAAUACCAGUGAUAAAGUGCAAGAAGUGCCUCAGCCGCAUAUGCCUUAUAACGGUUAG